AUGUCAACAGAACAAGAACAAAUUCAAAUACGUUUGAUUACUAAACAAAAACAAUAUGCUGUGAAGGACGCACCUAUUUUAGUACCUGCUGCUUUUAAACGUUAUGGUUUAUCCGAGAUUGUUAAUAGUUUACUUGAUCUAGAUAAACCUAUUCCUUUUGAAUUUUUGAUCGAUGGUGAAAUAUUAAGAACAAGUAUUGCUGAGUAUCUCACAGAACAACAAUUAUCAACCGAAAAUGUGAUUACCAUUGAAUAUAUUGAAUCUAUGCUUCCUCCUACACCUUUGACUUCAUAUCAACAUGACGACUGGAUUUCUUCUGUUCAAGGAUAUGAUAGCUUAUUUUUGACUGGGUCAUAUGAUAAUAUGGUACGAUUAUGGAAUACCUCUGGAGAAUGUACUCAUACUUUGAUAGGACAUACUGAAGCUGUCAAAUCUGUUGCCUUUGGAUCUGUCACAGCAUCAUCAACUACUCUCUUUUCAGCAGGAUUGGAUCAUAUUGCUUUGGCAUGGCAAAUAAAUGAAGAUGGUGAUGAAGAAGUGUUAUAUGAAUGUCGUGGUCAUCAAGCUGCAAUUGAAUCUUUAGCUGUCCAUCCUCAAAAAUCAUAUUUUGCUACCGCGUCUGCAGAUGCAACUAUUAGAGUAUGGUCCACUGAAAAACCUAUGGAAGAUGAAGUUGUUUCUCAAGAAACACCAGCAAAAAAGAAAAAGCGAACAGAAACAAAAAAUCGACUGACCAAGGCCCAAUCUGUGACAUUGAGUGGUCAUGUAGGUCCUGUGAAUGCUAUUGAUUACGAUACUGCGGAUGGAAAUGUGAUUUAUUCUGGUGGUUGGGAUCAUUCAAUUCGAUCAUGGGAUGUAGAACAACAAGUGAAUACAAUGACAAAGGUAAAUCAUAUAUAUAUAUAUAUCUGA